UCACACGAGUCACGAUCGAUGGGGUCGUCGUUCAAGCUGGAGUGGGGGCCGGCGAUCUGCAUGGUGCUGAUCGAGCUGUUCACGACGGGGCAGAUGCUGCUCACCAAGGUGGUCGUCGACGCCGGCCUCUUCGUCUUCGCCCUCCUCACCUACCGCUUCUUCCUCGGCGCCGCUCUCGUCGUCCCUCUCGCCCUCCUAUUCGAGCCAUUCACAAUUCCUGGUCUCUACUACAUUGGCCUCGGAGACACAUCGCCAGGAUAUGCGAUAAACUUCUAUAACAUCAUCCCGAUUGCCACCUUCAUCCUCGCGGUCCUUUUCAGGAAGGAGCCGCUGGAUAUGAGGAGCCUGGUGGGGAAUAUCAAGGUUGCCGGAACCCUAGUCUGCGUUGGAGGAACGCUGGUGAUCAGCUUGUACAAGGGCAAGGUGCUGCACCUUUGGCCCACCAAUAUCAUCGGCUACCACCCGAAGCAAGCCGGAGCUGCGUUUGGUCACCACCAUGUGCGUGGAACCAUCUUGCUCAUCACCAGCUGCCUGAGCCUCGCUGUUUGGUACACAGUACAGGCGAUACUCAACACUGCUGCGAAGUUUGUGAUGAUCUCGUGGGUCGUCACGCAACGCGGGCCAACCUAUCCGGCUAUGUUUUGUGCCGUAUCGGUGUUCUUCACUACUAUUCUCGACUCACUGCUUCUCGGCCAUGAUCUGUCCGUCGGGAGUAUUCUAGGCAUGUUCAUGAUUCUAGCUGGCCUUUAUCUUUUCCUGUGGGGAAAGAGAAAAGAUUCGCUACCUACAAGCGAGGAAAUUCCGAAGGAACAAAUGUUGUUUCAGAGUGGAGAUAAGAGCAAUAUAUCAUCUGUUAAUUCCUCAAGCAUUGACCCUGCAUCAUUGUAUCUCUCCACUGCCUCGUGUCUUUUCCUCCUUCUCUAUGAAUGCAAAAAAACUUGA